GGGCAAAAAAGCAUAUAUUUUAAUUUCCUUAGAAAAGCCAGCAAUGUACGAACCGCGAAAGCUGAAGAACAAGAGAGAAGAAGUCUGCGAUAUUCACAACACAAGUUUCUUCAAUAGCUACCAGAAGAGGGGAAAUGACGAGAAGAAAGAAGCAGAUAAAGAAAAUAGACAGUGUAACAGCAAGACAAGUGGCUUUCUCAAAGAGAAGGAAAGGUCUCUUCAAGAAGGCCCAUGAACUCUCAACUCUCUGUGAUGCUGAGAUUGCUCCCUUGGUCUUCUCUUCCACUGGCAAGCUCUUUGAUUAUGCUAGCUCAAGCAUUCAGCAGGAAAUUGAAUGGUAUGAUCAACAUUCAGCCAUUCAAAUACAAGGUAAAUCACCUGUUGAUGUGCAGCUUAAAGGUGAUGAGAACGAGCUGCACAAGGCAGUAGUAGCAGAAAAGACUCGUGAAUUGAGGCAGCUGAAUGACGAAGAGCUUCAAGGAUGCACACUUGAAGAAUUGCAGACGCUAGAGGAAAGACUUGAAAGGGGCUUGUCCCGUGUUUCAAAAACAAAGGAUGAAAGAAUCUUAAAACAAAUCAAUGCACUUAAGAGAAAGGGAAUCCAACUCAAGGAAGAAAACCAAAGAAUGAAGCAGAGCCUUGUGCAUGGACAAGGGCAGUCUUCUGAGUCCAUCAUCAUUUGCAGUUCAUCUGACAUUAAUCCUCCUCAAGACUCUGAUAGUUCUGAUACAUCUCUCAGGCUUGGGCAAUUAAUUAGUUUAUCUACUUUGUUGUAAGGCCCAUGAUUAAUAUUUCAUCCAUGCACAAGCAAGAAUUAAAUCAAUUUUCAUAUAUUUAAAAUGAGUUGAAUCAAGCCUCUAAAUAAAUGUUGGACUAUAGUGGGAUAGCUAGUAUUAAUUGUGUUUUACUGUUUACUGCUCUGACAAUUUUGGAUUGUCUGAAGUUUUAAUUAUGUUUAGGCUUGAGCAUUGUUUUGUAAAUUACAAUAAUGUUAUUUUUAUCAUAUGUUUUACAUUUUUGAAAUAAUAA